AUGAACUCGGGUGAAAUCGAGAGUAUCUUAUUGAAGAGUAUCAAGGGACACUCGGGCACAUACACACCCUCAUCUGGCGGCACCAUAGACCUGGACUACAGUACCGGUCCAGUUUCUCCAACAUCAGGUGAAGUUUUGACUAGGAAGGCCCCGGAAAGACCUCCAUUCGAGGCUUCAGUUGCUCCUAGUGUACCUGUAGACGAGUGUGUGACGGUCACGGCUGCUAGUGGCUCCGUAACCCAGGACAACGAAAACAGUCGUGAUAACUGUGACAGUACACAAACUACAUCGGAUAGCGGAGACAACACACACAUGAGCAUCCUUGAGAGCGCGCGAGACAAGGCGAAACGGCUCAAUUCGGUUGAUAUCAUGGUGGACACAGCUGUCAAGGCCGCCGGUCUGAUCGAUGCCAAAUCACCCGUAGCGACACACCUCGACGCACCUUUCAUUGACGGCCGACCCAGAACUCCACCACCAUCACUAGCCGAUGACAUUCACACCCCAGUGACACAGGACCAAGCAGAGGCAGAGCCAGAGGGGCCGAAAGCAGCCGCUACACUGAGCCGGAGUAUGGACGAUUUAAGUGUCGGCAACGCUACGCUUGCAGAUACAACAGUUACGGCGACCGCAGAAGAUGAAACCGUUGGUGCCAUACCCCAGGCAAACACACGGGAUGAGAAGAGUGUAGAAGGAUUGGCACAAAAUAUCAAGCAUGAAGAUGCGGAGGACACACAUGUACAGAAGAUAGGCAGCAAGAGUAUGCAAUGGGAUGUAUCACCCAAGCCUACCAACCUUCGGCGUGCAAAUACACUACAAGCGACUGAGUAUAUAGAAGAAUUCUUUGCGGCUAAGAAGGAAGACUUGGAGUAUGAAAGCCAGGACGAUUUAGGAGACGCAUCUGGGUUGAACAAGCAAGAUGCCGACGAAUCGGGAGCUGAAGGUGCGCAUAAGUCCAGCGAACGGCCCCGCAGUAUGCGCUCGCUCAUUGCGCUACGCCGCACCUUCACACUUUCACCGGAAGUUGCUGAGGUAGAGGCAUGCACGUGGGGUUUGCCAAUGAGAGCUGUCUUCCGCAUUUGUCUCGAGUUCAUCAGCAGCGGUGAAGCCAAAUUGUGCUAUGAUGAUCGCGCUGCGCUGUACGCUCUCAAACGUCAGGCCAUUAGGGGUCCCUACACGCCUGAGAAGAUGGGCGAAUUGGGGUGGUUCGAUUGGGUGGGACACGACAUAAAGAGGCAUUGGGCAGACCUCGAGGACAUGGCACCGGAUGUGGCCAUGGCUCACUUCUGCAAGACGGUCGAGUCCAGUGACGACGCUUGGACCGAGCAUCUGUUGAAAGAGAAGACCAAGCUAGACGAGGAGCUCAACGGCGAGUGGCAGAGGGCUAAGGACGAGAUGUUGGUGGCAAAAGCGAAACACGAGGCGGAAGAGGCGGAGAAGGAAAGGCAACGGUUAGCCGAAGAGAAGAAACGCGAGCUGGAGGCAAAACUCAACAACUCUAAGGAUCAGUUGGUUGCCAUCCCCAGCCGAGAACUUCCGGACGAAUACAAAACAGACACUUUGUCUCGAAGCCUGUCCCUGCCAUACAACCCAUCCGACUCGCGCACACCCAUAGACUUUGAGGAGUGGAAGACGCAGGUCACCUCUGAUCCUGACAAUGUGCUGACUGUCCCCAGAGGCGAAAGCGUGGUCAUCCACGUGCCUGUGGCUGUGGCUGGCAUAACCACGUGGUGGGAGUAUGCCACAGAGUCCUAUGACAUUGCCUAUUCGGUCACAUUUGAGGAGACUUUGGAAGGGACUGAAGGGACACAAGUACAUCACAUCCUGCCCGCGUUCAGGCACGAGCCGAUAGAGGGACGUAGAGUGACAAAGGGCUCACACACCGCCGAGAAGCCUGGCACAUACUUGCUCAAAUUUGAUAAUAGCUACUCCGUCUGGAGGACUAAGACCAUAUACUACCGCCUAUACGCAACGUGAAGCUUUCCCGUGUGGGUUCGUAGAAGUCUACGGAACUAUUUAAACGAGAUGGUUUGUAUAGAGAAAUGGCGAACUAACAGUGGCAAGGAUUAUAGCGAAGGAUUUUCGUAGUGCGUGUUUUCCAGAGUCGUGUCGGUACAUGGGUAGGUAUGAUCACUCAUACUCGGAUAAAAUGCUGGUAUCAUAAAUAGCAUGCCUUUCUGGAUAUGCACCGAUAAAGCUAGCAGUUGCAGGUCGCAGCUAGAAUAGUCAUUGCCUGGCUCAUCAGAUCACCGAGAGAUAUUACCAAAGCAUUUGUCACUUCCAUCUAGCGUCUGUGGAGUGGAGAAAAGCCACCUUACACGUGUGCUCCGGAAUUCUGAGGGUUUAAUUUAAACAUUGUAAAUACGAAAUACAGUUGUGCAGCCACAAAAAUAAACGCCAGUCAAGAACC